GGUCCUGAAGCCAGAUGGGGUGUUCAUCGGGGCCAUGGUGGGCGCGGAGACCCUGUACAAGCUGCGCUGCUCCCUGCAGCUGGCUGAGUUCGAGCGGGAAGGGGGGUUCUCCCCAAACGUGUCCCCCUACACGGCCGUCACAGACCUGGGCAACCUGCUGGGCCAGGCAGGCUUCAGUAUGCUGACAGUGGACAUUGAUGAAAUUCAAGUGCACUAUCCUGAGAUACUUGAGGUCAUGAGUGACCUGCAAGGGAGAGCAACUGCGCUUGGAACAAGAAGUCCAUGUUGCACAGAGACACCAUUUUAGCUGCAGCUGCAAUCUACCAAGGCGAAACCAGCUAAAAGAGGCUCUGCGAACGUGUCUUUUGGGGACCUCUCGAAGGUCGGCCAGCCAUCAACUAAAGACAAGUCGUAGACGAAACAUCUGCAGCCAUUGCAUAAAGAAAAUUAAACAGCAAUGAAAUUAAAGUACGGGGUAAAUUCCAAAGUAGAUAGGCGACUGUCUCCCAAGAGAUGUCCACUCAAUGACAUCAGUCAGAUGUCACCAUUUAGUUAUAGUGUAUCACUUUACUAAUACUAUCAACAGAGAUUCAGUGUAAGCCAGACAGUGAUUGAGAAAGGCUACAACACUGUGUUGUAACAGUGACUGAUAUACAUGCUGCAUGACAGAUCAUUUGUUUCUCACCAAUUAAUAGCAAAUGCAUACAUUACUUUUAUAAUUUAGUGUCUUGUGUUCCUAUC